AUGGAGUGCAACAUUGUGACUUCGCCAAUCGGUGACAACAAUCCCGCCAUUGAUUAUUUCGACCCCAUUGGCGUGGCUGAACUCAGGCGGACCUUGUCGGCGUCCAGCCCCAUUGCGCACCAUCAUACUGGCCUCUCCGACCGCCCGCCUUUGUCUAUAACUCAAGACCAUCUUGGACAUCAUGAUGGCGACUCGCAAGGGCGACUCAAUGGUCAGAACGUACCAGCACACUCAAUUACUGCAGGCUCUGACGAAACGACGGUCGCCCCUUCUGAGGCCAGCAACGAUGGCGUGGAACGCCAAGACGGACAAGAGGUGGGCUUCGACUUUGACGAAGCUUUACGAGACUACAUCAUUAGACGCGAGUCAGCUGGCAUCGAACCACGUAGACUCGGGGUUCUGUUCGAAGAGCUUGAAGUCAUUGGAUUGGGUGCAUCGGCACGCCAUCAGCCUACUUUAGGUUCGCUGUUCAAUCCCAUGGAGAUUUUGAGGGGAAUUCAGAGUAAAAGACAUCCACCCUUGAGGAGCAUCCUCAGUGGUUUUGAAGGUGUCGUUCGCCCUGGCGAGAUGUUGCUGGUCCUCGGUCGGCCAGGUGCAGGGUGCAGUACGCUUCUCAAGACGCUCACCAAUCAAACGGAUUCCUUCCACGCCGUCAAUGGCGAUGUUGCAUUUUCUUCUCUUACGCCAGACUUGCUCGCGUCACGAUUUCGAGGCGAUGUACAGUAUAUACCCGAGGACGACCUACACUUUCCUACUUUGACUGUGGAGGAGACGAUCCGAUUUGCGGCAAGAUGCCGGGCGCCUGCUGGUGCAGCUCGAGUGCCAAAAGGAGAACCUGAAGAGAAGGCUGAAGAGGGCCAAGCGAGCGAAAAUAGUAAGCAUAUCAUUGGUGCGCAUACGAGGGAAGAAUACGAGAAAACCGUGGCUGAGGUUUACAUGACGCUGUUUGGCUUGAGGCACGUCAGGGACAGCGUGGUGGGCGAUGAGAAGCUCAGAGGAGUGAGCGGAGGGGAGAAGAAGAGGGUUUCGAUUGCCGAAGCUAUGGCUGCGAGGGCAUUGGUUUCCGCAUGGGAUAAUUCGACGAGAGGAUUGGACUCGUCUACAGCGCUGUCAUAUUUGAUGGCAUUGAGAGUCGCAACCACACAUUUGCAAAGAACGACCAUGGUCUGCUUGUAUCAAGCCAGCGACGCAAUGUACGCGUUGUUUGAUAAGGUGUGCCUUAUCUAUGAAGGCAGAAUGGUGUAUUUUGGACCAUCGAAGGAGGCCAAGUCGUAUUUUGAAGGAAUGGGAUGGAAAGCGAGGAAUAGGCAGAGUGUCCCUGAUUUCUUGGUCAGUGUGACCGACGAGGAGGCAAGGAUUAUAAAGGAUGCCAACGAAACGGUGAGAGAGGACCCAGGAACCAAGGAAUUCAAAGCACCGGAUCCCCGGAACGACGCUCACCUUGAAGUUAUCGUGGAGUCGCCCCGUACACCCAUUCACACGGGCGCUGGUUCGGAUGGGAAGACCACGGCUAGCACUCAGCCAGAAGAUUCCGUUUUGCGCGCCUUGAGCAGCGUAGAUGGACCGGGCCAUAUGGAUGUAGGAUCUGCGUUAUCCGAUAUUCGACCACCUAUUCCCAAGACGCCUGCAGAGUUCGCGACUUAUUACCUCUGUUCUGAUGUGGCGAGACGGAAUUUUCAGGACAUGGAUGCGUUCAGGAAGGAAUGCGGGUUGAAGCCCAGGUGUUCAGCAGUUCAAUUGAGGGAUUGUGGCAAUGGCGUUGGAGGCAAUGGGCCUGAGGUUGUACACGACGGGGCAGGGGCAUCGGAUGAAAGUCGAGGGUUGGGUGCGCAUGAUAUAGCUCCGCAGCUCCGAGCACCGGACCCAUUUUCGACGAAUGCAUCCACUUUCAUGACAUCUAUGUUUGCACGGUCGACAUCUAGAUUGUCAGGCGGCACUCGUAGGUUUUCGAUGCCCCUGUCUAUACCCCUAGACCAUCAUGCCCAGGAGGACGACGCGGCUUCGGUUUCUGCUACUUCGCAUUAUCCACCUGGCUCUAAACACCCCCAAUCACAGGCGUACAAGCAGAGCGCCCUUCGUGAACAUGGGAAACGGGCAAGAAGGGGCUCGCCGUAUGUGAUAAGCAUAUUCUUGCAGUUGCAGGCCGUCAUGAGGAGAAGGGUGUUGAUCGUCAAAGGGGAUUGGGUCACGCAGGCAUUGACUACGGGGACGUUUGUCAUACAGGCCGUCAUCAUUGGUACAGUAUUUGUGAACACGCCCGAAACGACGGGCUCGUACUUUUCCAGAGGUGGUGUAAUAUUCUUUGCGCUCUUUCUCCCUGCACUAUUUACGAUGUCCGAAAUUCCGUCGUUGUUCAAGCAGAGGCCCAUAGUACGGCGCCAUGAACGGGCGGCCAUGUAUCACCCCAUGAUUGAAGCACUGGCGAUGACUAUCGUGGACAUCCCCGUCACCUUCAUCACUAUUUCGAUUUACUCGAUCGUUCUCUACUUUGUCGUCGGUUUUCAGCGUUCGGCGGGACAGUUCUUCAUUUUCUUUUUAUUCGUCUUCGUAACGUGCCUGUCUAUGAAGGCGGUCUUCCGUGCACUAGCCUCCGCGUUCGCCGUUGAAGCACCAGCCCAAGCCAUAGCCGGAGUUAUGCUACUUGCCCUUUCCCUAUAUUCCGGAUAUCAGAUCCCCAUUCCCUCGAUGAUAGGCGCUUUGAGGUGGAUUUCCUACAUAAACCCGAUUCGGUAUUCUUUCGAGGGCGUCAUUGUCAAUGAAUUCCAUACUUUGGACGGUCAAUGCUCGAAUUUGGUCCCUUCGGGUCCUGGAUAUGACGGGAUAUCUGUAGACAAUCAAGUUUGCACGACGGUUGGGAGUGUCGCUGGACGUGCCACUGUUGAUGGGAAUGCAUUUUUGAGCAUCAGCUUUGGUUACGUCUAUAGCCAUCUCUGGAGAAACUUCGGGAUUUUACUCGCUUUUGGCAUUGGUUUCACGCUGGCGUUACUUAUAUUUACAGAGAUUCAGACAACCUCUGCGCGAGCUGGCACAGACGUUGUCCUCUUCAAGUCGGGCUCUGAUGCAGUCGUUUUGAAGGAGGCAGAGGCAGCCGUCGGUGACGACGAGGAGAAAGAUGUUCCUGCAGCUGGGGCUAACGGACCUGGUGAGCCCGACCAUCGCCGACGUGCAGAGGAGCGAAAGGCGCUAUCAGCCGAACAACCGAAGAUGACGGACAUAUUCUCAUGGUCGCACAUCCGCUAUACGAUUCCUGUAGGCCGCCAUGAACAUCGAGUACUGUUAGAUGAUGUUUCUGGGUAUGUUGCUCCUGGAAAGCUGACGGCUCUGAUGGGGGCGUCUGGUGCUGGCAAGACCACGCUGUUGAACGUUUUGGCGCAGAGAACGGACACCGGCGUUGUCUCCGGAGAUCGCUAUGUCAAUGGGCAAUCCCUCCCUGGCGACUUUCAAGCCCAAACCGGUUACUGCCAGCAAAUGGAUACUCAUGUACCAACGACCACUGUUCGCGAGGCACUGCAGUUCUCAGCAAGAUUGCGCCAGCCGGCCUCAGUGUCGACAGCAGAGAAAGAUCUAUACGCCGACAAAUGCUUAAAGAUGUGCGGACUGGAAGAGUUCGCGGACGCGAUGGUAGGUACUCUAGGUGUUGAGCAUAAGAAACGGACGACGAUUGGAGUGGAGCUCGCAGCUAAGCCAAGAUUGCUUCUGUUUCUCGACGAACCUACUUCUGGAUUAGACUCCCAAAGUGCUUGGGCUAUUGUGGCUUUCUUGCGCGAUCUGGCGGACAAUGGACAGGCUAUCUUGUGCACUAUUCAUCAGCCGUCUGCUGAGCUAUUCCAGGUCUUUGACCGACUCUUGCUCUUACAAUCUGGCGGCAAGACCGUGUACUUCGGCGACACUGGCAAUAACGCUACAACAAUUAUUAACUACUUUGAGAGCAAUGGUGCAAGGCAGUGCAAGCCUGGCGAAAAUCCGGCCGAGUACAUGCUGGAAGUCAUUGGUGCUGGCGCAACAGCAGUGUCUGAUCGCGAUUGGAACAAAACGUGGAUUAAGACGGAAGGUGCUAAAGGCUUGGAGGCAGACCUGGAUAAAAUCCAUGCGGAUGGCCGACAACAAUCCCCCGUUGAUACGACAUUAUCCUCAACCCACGCUGCCUCUUUCGCGUACCAGUUGAAGGAGCUUACCGCGCGUCAAUACGUCAGUUACUGGAGAAAUCCGCCGUAUUUGAUGUCCAAGCUCACGCUCAACAUCAUCGGAGGUCUCUUCAUUGGUUUCACGUUCUUCAACGCAGGCGACUCCCAGCAGGAUACUCAAAACAAAGUCUUCUCAAUUUUCAUGGCUACCGUUCUGAGCUCACCAUUAGCUGGUCAAAUGCACGUCCCAUACAUCAAUUCUCGUGACAUUUUUGAGAUUCGCGAACGCUCAAGUCGGAUGUACUCCUGGGUUACUCUGGUAACAGCUCAGAUCCUCGUUGAAAUUCCCUGGAAUAUCCUCGGAUCGACUUUGUUCUUUUUCUGCUGGUACUGGACAGUUGGCUUUCCCGGCAGUCGAGCCGGCUAUACAUAUCUAAUGUUCGGCGUUCUGUUUCCUUGUUACUUCACGACAAUCGCCCUGGCGGUUGCGAGUAUGGCUCCCUCCGCGGAGAUAGCCGGACUUUUGUUCAAUUUCCUGUUCUCUUUCGUCCUCACCUUCAAUGGUGUCUUGCAACCAUUCUCUCACCUUGGAUGGUGGAAAUGGAUGUACCAUCUGUCGCCGUAUACAUACUUGAUUGAAGGAUUGCUUGGCCAAGCGAUUGGCCACCGAGAUAUGGUUUGCUCGGAGAACGAGAUCGCCACUGUGAAUCCUCCUCCCGGAAAUACCUGCGCUCAGCUGUUCCAGGAUUACAUCACAAAUAACGGCGGGUAUCUCAACAAUCCGGACGCAGCGUCUGGCUGCGAAUUUUGCUCUACGCGGACUACAGACGAAUACCUUGGGAGAACCUUCAACAUCCAGUACUCGCAUCGAUGGAGGGACCUGGGGAUAUUCUGCGCCUUCAUCGUCUUUAAUACCGUCGCCGCCUACGCAUUCACGUAUAUGUUCCGUGUCCGUUCUGGCAGCUUGUUAGGUUCUAUCAGGAAAAGAUUUCCAUCUCGACAGUGA